GAAUUUGCAAAAUACAAAAGCCUGUUCCCUCUGUUGACUGUGGUACACAUACACAUUUAUGUAACGAUUAAAUCUCUCAGCUCGAUAUGCUAGUCCAUAUCUACCUUCGUCCUUAACACUUCCCGAGGCCGCGCGUGCUACUGUGCUGAUUACAAACACCCUUAUCAUGCUUGACUUCUGACCCCAAAUUAAUUAAACAAUAAACAAAGGAAUAAUAAAAUAAAAACGUCAAUUACGAUUUAAAUAAUGUGCAAGAUAUUCGGAAUAGUGUUUAUGCUAAUAUGCCUCGCAUAUGGUCAGGAUCGAAAGGUAACAUCAGGAUUGAACCCUGGCUGUGCGGCAUGCAACGCGGACACUAUCGUGGCAUAUGUGAGGUGCGAGGGUCCCGCUGACACCAUCCACCAGAUCUGGGACUUCAGCAACCACGCGCCCACAUUCAUCCUGGCCCUCACCUCUGUAAACUCCACACUGAAUAUAACCUGGGAUGGAAGUAGUAUCAGGAGCUUCAACUUUACAGAAAACCCCAAAUACAGUUUUGCAGCUUCCAUGGAUAAGUUCAUUGAAUAUAAUGACACAGACAGCAAUUGCAAGGUCAACACGAGCUAUCCUUGGAAGGAGUACAGUUUUGACAUGGUCUCGUGGACUCUGAAUGACAGCAAAUUUGACUCAAAGGAGGCAAUGAUUGUUGUUAGUGGCAAGAUACAUGAUAGACGUUUCCGCAAUGCCACAAUACACCUCAAGACUCAAUACCUGCCGUGGACGGAUGCUGCUGAGGAGCUGCCUCGUCUGGUGCACACGGCCAACUCGUCACUGGUCGACAUCCGCCUGGCGCGGCUGCCUACCUCCUACCCCGCCGCCCGCUACGCGCUCCGUCUGGCGCUGGUCAGCACCGACGACGUCGCCGACACCAUGCGCCUCGAGCGCCGCAAGAGCUUGGAUGACGAGCACACCCCCGGCGUCUUUGAGAUCGACGAGAUAUUGUCGCCGGCGCUGCACGGUCGCGGCGCGGGCGGCUACGUGCAGUUCCGGCCGGUCGGCUACACGCAGCCGCGCCGCACCGUCGCCUCCUCCACCCUCGUACACGUCGCAGACUUCGACAGGAUAAGUAUCCCGCGGCACAGCACGCUGCGGCUGUUCUACGGCGCGGCGUUCGACGCGGUGCUGGCGCAGACGGCGCUCGUGACGUUCGGCGACAGCGGCGACGGCUUCUACGCCAAGUCCAACUACACGGACUGGUCGUGGUCGCUGGGCUGCGGCGCGGUGCCGGCGGAGUCGCUGUCGCUGGCGGCGGUGGUGGUGCUGGCGGCGGGCGCGGGCGGCGCGGCGCUGCUCGCAGUCGGCGGCGGCGCGGCGCUGCUGCUGCGACGCCGCACGCACACGCGCCUGCACUAGCGCCGAACCUCAUACGCAACAAACACCGCUCAAUGCAUUCUAUUUGAUUAUGGUAAAUGUUUUGAAUGAGUAGCCCAAGAUUAAACUCUUAAGCACGUCCUCCAAUUAAAAUAUUGCAACUGAAUUCGUUUUACGACGAACUAUUAGUCUAGAAACGCGGUAACGUGUCAAGUUCAUAUAUAAUAUAGAGCAGUCUUUCCCAAAGUGGGCGAUAACGCCCCCUUGUGAGAGCUGGAGGUCUAAAGGGGGGCUGUGUGGGACCCAGAAAAAAAUAGGGGCGUUGUGUAGAGACUUGGGGGGGUGAUUUAUUUCAUCUGGAUGCAUUUUAAAUUGCAACAAUGGGGGCACUAAAACAUACAUUUUCACAAGAAGACUAUUGACAUAAUAUUAUUAUGCUAAUUCAUGAAAUAGAAUAUAUUUGUAUUAUAAUAAUUAAUAACUAAUAUUUUCUGCUCUGCUAGUAAACAAAGUAAACUUAUAUAAACAUAAUAUAAACUUGCAUUAUAAA